AUGCCCGGGUCCGGGUCCGGGAGCCCCUCACGAGGGAGCCCCUCCCGGUCCCAACGGAGGCCGCUGCACGAGCGCUCCAAGUCACAGUCCAAUUCUCUUGCCAUUCGCGUUGUCCCCUACAGCCCUCCUCGACCAAGCCACAAGAAUCGCGACUCUACCGCUUCGGCCACCUCGUCACGCACUCCAACAUCAACAACAGCAUUGCUGUCGCCGAACACCUCCGAACUUGACCACCGAAACUCCUCCAGAAUCGAUGACCGCUCCGCAUCCGCCAGCCGUGCUAGCGACCGUUAUUCCUCUCAUCGGCGCUCUUAUUCCUCCAGUACGCUGACGUCUGUACUGUCGCCAGCGUCUUCAACCUUCCCAUUGGUCGCUGCCAAGGACCGCGGUGUUUCAGGCUCGAAACUGCGAUCUGACUCUUGGACAGGAGGCCCGUCCUCUCCUUCUACCCCUGUUCCCACUACUCCGCCUCAUCUGACUGAUAAUUCCCGCGUUAAUGCACGAUCCCGGUCGUCACAGUACAAUACCGACGAUGAACCUGUCACCCCUUCGGCGAAGCGCCCCUUGUCUCGUCGCCGCAAUCUCAUCACCAUCAACGCAGAUGGGAAGACCUUUUCUCUCCUACCCCAGAAAGGACAGCAGAAGAGGAACUCGGCGGACCCAGGCUCGUCCAAAGCACCCACGUUGUCACUUUCCUCGACAGCCUCGCCAGAGCGCUUCUCAUCAGACGCCUCACACAUCAGCGAAAACCAUCCCAGCUCUACUACCGUGACUCCAGACCGAAGCUUUUCAGCUACAUUAACCCCGGCAUCCUCGACCACGCAAUUAGCUGGAGAUCAUAUCGCCAGCACCGUCGCGUCCAAUUCGUCCCCCUGGAAUUACCGCAUGGUUGGCGGCCUACGCAAGGUCCUCAAUACUCCUGAUCACAAGCAAAAGGGAAAAUCAAGUCUUCUCUACCCUGAAGCCAACCAAGUACCAUCCGCCCCAUCCUCUCCGUCUGAUUCGCGACUCGCGCCGCUGCCGGAGGCGCCAACCGCCGACCCAUACCCAUCCUCGGACCCCCCUGACUUGCAGACCAAGACGUCUUUUCAUUCAUCCGUCCCUGCGUCUACAUCGUCGGACAAGACAAAUUACAAAAUCUACAGUUCCAGUUCCCCUCCUCGAGCCGAUACUGAGAGUGUGCUGCCGCCACCGUCGAUAUCCUCCGAUACAACAAAUUACCAAGUAUACAACUCUAGCUCGCCUCCUCGCAUCCCUGAAAGGGACAGUUCGUUACCGCCACCUGCAUCGAGUCACUCCAACUACGAGAUUCUUGGCCGAUCUUCCCCCCCAGAAACAUCCUCCGCCGAGCGUAGUCCUCCGAAGACUGCAGACAGCAGCGCCGACAGUAACCACAACUAUAUUCUACACGGCGACCCGUCCCCUGCGCCCUCUUCUGCGGCUACGGCCCGCCGCCGCCGUGUUCGCCCGGAAUACUCGCAAGAAAGCCUGUUGGUAGCGCCACUCAAGCCAAAGAAAAACAAGAAGAAGAGCAGGGAGAGGUUUGGGUACUACAAAACUCGCUCACGAGACUCUCUCCGGCGCAUCGCAUCGAUCAAGUCCAUAUCCAGUUCUCGCAGCGUUGAGGCAGCCACGAACAUAAUCACCGCCCCUGCUACCUCUUAUCGAUCACGUGCGCAGGCUGGCUUGCCUAUGCGGCAGCCGGACGGAAGAGCUGAGCCAUCUACCUCGACACCCGUCCCGUCCCACAUGCAAGCUCAUCCGCAUCAAUGGAGUUCACAACUAUCUACCGUCAUGUCGGAGAGUGAGGGAGGAAGCGAGCCCCCAUCUCGCUCUGUGUCUCCCUGGUCGGUUCCAGCCAGACGCGGCAGCCAACCCCUUAGCAGCCAUAGCCGGCAAAUGCUCAGCAUCUCCUCAUCGCUGGCAGGUAAUGAAGAAAGGUCUCUGUCGCACUCACGGUCAUUUACAGACUCGCUCGAAAGACCUCAAGCUACUCACAGUCGAGGAGGUACCCUUCGUUUAGUAAGCAAUCAGGAUGAGCAUGGUGAUGGGUUAACGGAGUUGCAUCAACUGAACCAACGUCCUUCCCGAACACGUCUUUCGAGCUUUUUCUCAAACACCUCAUCUGAUCGUAAUCUGCACUCAUCGAGCAGCUCACGUUCGCGGGCCAACAGCUUCAACUCGGCAUCUAUUCCUACAUGGGCUAAGUUCUAUUAUGGAAGUGGCGAACGAAAAUUUCUGGCGAGCUCUUCAGGCUCCAUCAUGACCGAUCCGAACGACAGUCGACCUCCCAGCUCGUACCAGAGUCGAUCGCCAAGUGCGGAACACCUUCCGCUGAGUAUUUACAGCCCCCGAAGACGGCCCCGGGAAGUCAAUCCCCUGGCUCCCGGUCCAAUGUCGGAUUCCGCUUCCAUGGAAAUCAAUCCGAUGCCGCUAGACAGCCAGCUUCGACCUGGUGUACGCAAAAAGACGUCAAGCAUUUGGUCGCCGCAUUUACGCCGUGACCAAAGGGCUAGCCGUUACAGCAUUUGGGAGCCACCAUCUAUGACAUGGUCCACCGAGAACAGUCUGCUUGGCAAGCGAAAUGUGCAAGUCGUGCUCUUUGCCCUCGGGUUCAUUCUUCCAUUUGCUUGGAUGAUUGCCGCCUUUUUGCCACUCCCCCCCGACCCGCACGCUGAAAUGGAGGAGCGCGAUCACCGAUCAAGUCUCUUAGAUGAGGAAGGGGAUCUUCCUCGACGCAUCGCGGCCAUUGAUGAGACUUUGUUCCAAAGCGCCAGGUGGUGGCGCGCCCUCAAUCGCUACAUGUCCGUCAUUGGCCUCCUCGUCGUAGGUGCCAUUGUAGCUCUCGUCGUUGUCGGCGUUAAGCAGGGAUGGGGACAGAUCGCGUAG